AUGGCCGAAGACAACUCAUCUGUGCCGGUACACGCGGACGCUGGGCAGGCGGAGCUUCUUCCGACCCCUCCAAAAAGCCCACGUCCAGCUGCGCGCCAAGAGGUUGCUUGGACUAAUCCCAAGGCCAGCGGCUCGUCCGAAUCGAGACAUGAAUAUCUCGAGUCUUUGAUACUGCCAUCGAGAGAAGAGUUUAAUCGGAUAGCGUCCAUCCAGAAUGACCGCGAGUAUGAAAUCACGCGCAUGUCUUGCGAGCACAAGCGCUCAGCGACUGGUUCAAAAUCACCAACCCAAAGGUCAACAACACCUGCUGCCAAUAACCCCGGACGGCCAGUUGUCGAGGAAUCAACCGCGGGGAGCCGGCCUACCAUUAUCGAUGACAUCCUUCUCACGCGUGCUGCCACUCUGAUUCAGAGGACGUACCGUGGCUACCGCACACGGAGGCAGAUGUCCGGGCUUAACAUUGAUGCAGACAAAAGAUGGGCGCAUGCUCUGCGCGAGGCACGCUUCCGUGAGAUCACCAAGCCACGACCACGCUCCUGGUCUCUCGAGGCGGAUGGCGGUGUCGGUCCUGCGAAUCCGCAGAAUGUUGAUGCCAGUGAACGUUCGGCCGCCGCCAGGCGAAAUUGGAGGAAAGCAGCGAUCGUUGCGAGAAGGGCUGGCUGGGAUGAAGAUUCGCCCUCGGCUUCCAGCUCGGACGAGUCGAUUGUGUCUCUGCGGAGUAACAUGGACGAGGAGGAGCGCGAUGCUGCCAGAAGGCGGAGAGAGGAAUCGAGGGCUAGGAUGAAAAAAGCGGCCCAGACAAUGGGAUUGCAAUAUUUUCUGGAAAUGGUGGACCAAAAGCACCGAUAUGGCUCGAAUCUGCGGGCAUAUCACGAGGAGUGGAAGAAAUCAGACACCCACGAGAACUUCUUCUACUGGCUAGACUUUGGCGAGGGAAGCAACCUCGAUAUGGAGGCGUGUCCCCGCGACCGACUGGAAAGGGAGCAAGUCCGAUACCUCAGUCGAGAAGAAAGGCAAUACUACCUGGUCAAAAUCGACGCCGAUGGGCGGCUCUGCUGGGCAAAGAACGGUGCCAGGAUAGACACCACAGAGGAUUGGAAGGAUUCGAUAAAAGGCAUCGUGCCCAGGGACGAUACUACCCCAGCCUACAGCCCAACACUUGGACAGGCCGCCCGGGACCCGGGCCGUAGUAGCACAGGCAGCGUGAGUAGUGGGGGCUCUGAUUCUCGGGCGUCGGAUUCUGAGCUUGAGGCAGCACGCGCGGCCAAAUAUGCGAAUCCAACCCUCGACGAGGCUAAGGGCAUCAAGAAGGUUAGCCAUGUUUCAGCGGCCACUAUAUUCAACAAGAUGCUGCGUAAGUCUGUCAGGAAGAACACGUGGAUAUUUGUUGCCGACACAUCAUUCAGGCUGUACGUCGGUAUUAAGGACUCUGGUGCUUUCCAGCACUCGUCUUUUCUCCAAGGCGGCCGAAUCUCAGCCGCUGGGCUGAUCAAGAUCAAAAACGGGAGACUCAAAUCAUUGUCGCCCCUUAGUGGACACUAUCGUCCUCCUGCUGCCAAUUUCCGGGCCUUUGUCAAGUCAUUAAAGGAUAUGGGCGUCGACAUGGCCCACGUAUCAAUCAGCAAAAGCUAUGCGGUUCUCGUUGGCCUGGAAGUAUAUGUGCGCACGAGGCAAAAGAGCAAACGCUUUGUCCAGAAGCUGGUCCACGGAAAGGACAAGAUCGUCGCGCCAGAUGAGGUUGCUAAAAGACGCGAAGCUGAGAAGGACAACAGUCAAAGUGCGGCCCGAGAGAGGGAGGUGCUUGAGCGAGAGGCUAUGAUGAGGCGGGAGGACAAGACGGGUGUCCGAAUGCUAAGAAAACUUGGGGUCCAGCCUAGGCUCGAUCGUGCAAGCGACCAGGAGCCAGAAUCCCGGGAUCGUGUUAAAGGAGGAGAUGCGAUGUUGCAGGCGGGGUGUGACAAUAAGGGUUAG